UAACUCGGUGUAUAAAUAGAAGCUCCAACCCUCACUGCAAAUGUGUGCCUGCGUUUUGUAUUUGUUGCAUGUGCAUGUGUGAAGCAACUUCAUCUCCUUAAGUUCCAUUGCUAGGUUUGGAAAAUAUCUUGAACGAAAGAAAGUAGACAAAAUGGCAAGCCAAUUAGCUAUUCAACGCCUGAAAAAUCUCCUCAGUGAGAAGGAAGAGCUGGACGAUGUGGCUGCUGCCAAAAUUGAGAAGUUGAUGGCUGAGUUGCAAAGACCUGCUAAUGGUCAUUUCGACCCAGUUCAAAGGAUUGUAGAUGGCUUCAUCAACUUCAGGGUCAACAAAUUCGAAAAAUACCCAGAUUACUACAAGGAGCUUGCCAAUGGACAAAGCCCCAAGUUUCUGGUAUUUGCAUGCUCGGACUCCCGAGUGAGCCCCUCACAUAUCCUUAGCUUCCAGCCUGGGGAGGCCUUCAUGGCUCGCAACAUUGCAAACAUGGUUCCUGCAUUCAAUCAGCUGAAAUACGCAGGAGUUGGAGCAGUUAUAGAAUAUGCUAUUACACAACUCCAGGUGACAAAUAUUUUGGUAAUUGGACACAGUCGUUGUGGUGGGAUACAGAGGCUUAUGAGUCACCCUGAGGAUAACUCUGUUCCCUUUGACUUCAUAGAUGAAUGGGUCAAAAUUGGUUUACCCGCCAAGGCUAAGGUUAUAGCAAAUGGACAAGGUGGCACCACUUUUGAGGAACAAUGUGAGGAUUGUGCGAGGGAAGCAGUAAAUUUGUCGCUGACAAACCUACAAACUUACCCUUACGUUCAAAAGGCGCUCGCGGAGAAAAACCUAGCGCUCAGGGGUGGUUACUAUGACUUUGUUCAUGGGGUCUUGGAGCUAUGGGACGUUGAGUCGCACAUUUCACCUCCCAUCAUCGUACCAGCACCUUAACUGUAUUUACCUUGUUGCGUGCUCGUUUGCUUGGAGUCCAAGUAUUAUAAAUAAACCAGAUGACCACCUGGUGGCACUUCUUUAAUUUUAUUGUGUAUGUUGGGUUUCUACCACGACGAAAACAUAACGUUGCUGUUUUGUUAAGUUGUGCUGUGCACUCUAUGUGCCUUUAAAGCAAAUAUGGUAAUAAAUUGCAGCAAUUGUGUUGCUGCCUAUUUUAUGUU